CCUGCGUGCCUUGGCAGGGACGCUUGUUAUCACUCGUGUUCGGUAGCGGUGUUCUAGGCUACAUGUAUUAAGUAAUAAGAUGGGUAACUCUUCAAGUAAAGACGCUAAGAAAAAAGGAAACACCAAAGAGCCUAAAGAUAGUGGUUCUGUUGAAGAAACUCCCAUGCCCACGCAAGGUGUGCCACCCACGGCCUUGCCCACACUUCAAGCUGACCUCACGUCGUAUUCCUCGACGCCAUCCUGUCCCCUGUGGAAAAAGUGUAAAAGCAAGCAUCCGGCAUCACAACCCACUCCAACGACCACGCCCACUGCUUCGCCUCAAAUGAAAAACAAGUUAAUUUACAUUCCCAUAAAUACACCAGAAAUGAAGAAAAAAAUGAAAUGGACUCCUACAAACACGUCCAAAACGAAAAGUCGUGUUCACUCUGCGACCGUCUCCACUGUCAACGCUACCGCCAGGAGUGUCACAGUCGAAUGGUUUGAGAAAGGCGAAACUAAAGGGAAAGAGAUAGAGUUCGAUGCUGUGUUCGCUCUCAAUCCAGAUUUGGCACCACAAGACCAAAACGCCAUGCCACCACCCUCCAAAUUUAGUCAACCUCCCCCCAACCCCUACACUCAUCAGGAUGACGAAGACGAGGAAUCCAGCUUGUCAGAAGCAGACCUUAGUGACUACGUGUCAGGACUAAAUGUUGGUCGAGCAGUGAGGGGGUCUGGACGGUUCCUGAGAUCUUCAAACACCAACACCAACGUUCCGGCAGGCUACCACCAACAGAGGCCUCCCUCGGCGCACACAUCACACCUACCACGGCCUCCAGGGCACCAGGUGGCACGCUCCCAGUCAGCUUCCAGGCUUACCAUGGAUGAUGGUGAUGAUGUGGAUGAUAUGGAUGAUGCUUACUCACGGCAGUCACAGAUCACACAACCUGCUGCAGCACCUGUCACGAGAAGUAAAGAUUUCAAUCGGCCUCGCCAAAGCUACCUUGUGAAACCACCACAGAAUGGAGAAGUUCGAUCAAAUUUGCAAAACAAAAUUGGCCAAUCACCUGCCAGAUCUACAGAAAAUAUUUCAACAUCUACUGUCAGUAAAGCAUCAUCUGUACCAGCUUCUCGGCGACGGAGUAAUGUGGUUAAGGAAGUGGACCGUAUUCAGAAAAAACGGGAAGAACGUAGAAAACAGCAGGCAGAAAAAAAGGAAGAGAAGGAAGCCCUUAUGAAUCUUGACCCAGGAAAUCCUCAGUGGGAGUUUCUUAAUAUGAUUAGAGAGUUCAGAUCACAGUUGGAGUUUCGAACAUUAAAAGAUGGUGAUCCUCUAGAAGAACAUCAAAUUACAGUUGCUGUCAGAAAAAGACCACUUAAUAAAAAGGAGGAAGGUAAAAGAGAGAUAGAUGUUAUCACGAUUCCAAAGAGAAAUUCACUCUAUGUUCAUGAGCCCCGAACAAAAGUUGACCUAACGAAAUAUCUUGAAAAUCAGAAUUUCAGGUUCGAUUAUGCAUUUGAUGAAACCUGCAAUAAUGAACUGGUUUAUAAGUAUACAGCAAGACCACUAGUUCAGACCAUUUUUGAAGGUGGUAUGGCAACCUGUUUUGCUUAUGGCCAGACUGGAUCUGGUAAAACGCACACCAUGGGUGGAGAUUUUCAGGGCAAGAAUCAAGAUUGUGCGAAAGGAAUAUAUGCUAUGGUGGCAAAGGAUGUAUUUAUCUUCACAAAGAAUCCAAAGUAUAGACAACUUAAUUUACAAGUUUCAGCUAGUUUUUUUGAGAUCUAUGGUGGUAAGGUUUUUGAUCUUCUAAAUAGCAAGACGAAGCUUCGUGUACUUGAAGAUGGUAAAAAUGUGGUCCAGGUGGUGGGACUUCAAGAACGGGUGUGUGAAAAUGUAGAUGAUGUUCUCAGACUCAUUAGUUUAGGUUCUCAAGUGCGCACCUCUGGUCAAACAGCUGCCAAUAAUCAAUCAUCACGUUCACAUGCCGUCUUCCAGAUCAUUUUAAGAAAUUUGGACAAAAUUGAGAAGCAAGGCGAUAAAGCUUACAAACUUCAUGGCAAGUUCUCACUCAUUGAUCUGGCUGGUAAUGAAAGGGGAGCAGACACAUCCAGUGCGAACAGACAAACGCGAAUGGAAGGUGCAGAAAUCAAUAAAUCUCUGCUGGCUCUAAAAGAAUGUAUCCGUGCUCUGGGCCGUAAAGGAGCACAUUUACCUUUCCGUGCCUCAAAACUAACUCAAGUGUUGCGAGAUUCCUUCAUCGGAGACAAGAGCAGGACGUGUAUGAUUGCAAUGAUAUCUCCAGGAAUGUGUUGCUGUGAGCAUACUCUAAAUACAUUGAGGUAUGCUGAUCGUGUAAAAGAAUUGGGAAUUGGUGACAAUGUUGAGGGUGGCUACAAGUCUUCUACUCUCGAAAAGGAACCAGAUGAAAAUGGCACCGUUGAUACAGACUACACGACGCUCUCAAAUCUGAAUGAAAAUGAGAUGAGUGCAGAUCAGCAGGCAUUCCAGGUUGCCAUGGGUGCUGUCCAAGAAGCAGAGGAGGAAGUUGUUGACCUACAUGGUCAAUACUUUGCUCACAGAGAUAAAAUGGACAAGAUGCUUAUUCCUCUGUACCAGAUGACGAAUGAAGUAGAUUAUGAUGUAGAUGCUUAUGCACAACAGUUGGAAGAUGUAGUGUUGGAAAACAUGGAGUGGUGGACUCAGUUGCGAGACCGUGUUAUCAAACUGAGGCACCAACUGGAGGAGGAAGAACAGCUUUCACGUCGUCAGAAUGUAUAAUUAUAAUAGAAAAAUAAUCCAUCCACUGGUGCACACACGUACACUGUGCAUGAAUAAUUUAAAAGCAUAGUUUUAAUUUUUGUUUACAUUAAUCUGCUCAGUGCAGAUACUAAAGAUGUAAACCUAAAAAUAAUGCUUUACUGCAUUUUAUAUUUAGUGUGAGCAGCACACACGAGUUGGUAAAGAUGUAUAUAUAUAGUCAUUAAAAAGUGGCCAUUCCCAUUUACACCUCAACACAAGCUUUGAAACUAUUCACAUAGGUCCCCUUUAGGAAUGGGAAAUACGAACUCCUAAGAUCUGUGAUUAAUGCCUUCCUGUUACAGUAUCUUUAAGUGUUUGGCAUACUUUAAUUUGAUCUUGAGAGUGGAGAGCUUUGUACUUCUGUUGGUAACAUAAUUGCUUUAUUAUUGCUACUUUUCCUUGGCAGUUAACAAUGUCCAUGUUAAUUACUGAUAUAGCAAUAUUUGAAAUAUAAUGCACAAUUAAGAAAAUUGGGCAGUGAUUAUUUUAAACAUACAACUCGAGUAAUAUAGGAACUUCUCAUGUGGCUUAAAACAAGUCUUGAUAAAUGUUAGUCAGUUUGAACAAGCAUCUUGCAUAAACAGUUACUCUUAGUUUUAAAGUUCUGUGUAUUGUAUAAUAAGGUGAGCAGUCUUUAUUUUUUUUUUCAAACAUAUAAAGUAUGGCUACAAUAUUUAGCUUGUAUCAUCCAACAGUAAGUUUAUUUUUCUUAAUUAUAACACUGGUGUUACAUUUCUUAUCUCUAAAGGGGAAAGUUGUAUUGUGGCUUACAAUAGUACUAACAUUCGUGAUGUCCUCUUUUAUUGUGUGCCGUGAUAAUCCACUAUUGUCAAUAAUUUGCUGUACUAUGCGAAUCAUUUAUUAUUCAGCAGCCCUCAUUGUUCUUGCAUCGUGUCUGAACUGGCUCACAUUAGUUAGGAAGUUUUUACUUGCUAAUGUAUGAAAGGAAAAUUUAUAUAAUAAACUUUUUAAGGAAGAAAAUUUCUCAUUACAUACAAAUGUUACACAGUCCACUCAUGUUUCUUGGUCUAUUUAGUGCUCGUGUAAUAGAUUAAUUCCUGUCUGUUACACUAAAACUUGCGCCUUGCUAGUGGUAAUUGUUUGGUUUUAACCGAUUGUGAUUAUAAUAUCAAAAUGGAUGAAUACAAAGUGAACAAAGUGUUUGAAAUGUGUGAAUAGGAGUGUAUUGUUGAAUGAUAAGUGGACCGAGUGUGUGUGUGUUUGGUGUGCAUGUGAGGAAGAAUAUAUAUUAACAAAUUGGUUUUACUGAAAGUUUAUUAUUUUUAUGUAUGCAUAUGAGAGUUUUUGACUUAUGCAUGAUGAUAUAUAAACCUGCUUUAAUUUUGUCAAUAUUAUGUAAGGUACAUUAUAGUUGGGUUGAUACCCAUUUUCUCAACCUAGUCGAUUGCUGAAGUGGUUCAGAGAGAUUAAGAGGAUAAGAACUUUAAUAUUUUAUCAUGUACCUCUCAUACACAUAAAUGCUUAAGAAUAAACCUGGUCAGAUAAAUGCCACAAGUAAAUGUAAUUUAUAUAAAAUAAUCUACUUUCAUGAGGUUCUUUAAGGGUACUACAAAUAAUUCAUUUAUAAAAAGGCUCACCUUGAUACAUUGACCAAGCUUUGCAAUGCUGUGUUAAACGUUACCGCUCUGCAGUUACAAUUAUAUGAUGCUUGUUCAUGAACUUGGCGUAAAGUACUGUACUAAGCUGGUUUACCAUAAUUUUAAGUAGGCUUAUAUUGUGAUAUUUAUUAUAAAAUAAUGCCGUAAAAAAUAAGCAGAAUGGUGUAUCUUGGAGAUUUGUGAUCUUGUAUUUUAUAUUUAUGUAAAGGUAAGAGAUCCAGUAACCAUGACCACAAGAACAUUAUGCUACUCUUAACCAUUCAAUGAGCAGCUUUUCCUCAUCAGAACAUUGCUACCUUGAUCCGUUAUCUUUGUCGAUAAGGGAUGCAGGGUACAGUUUUCUGGCAUUAUUAUUUUUUUCCAUUCUGAAAUGAUAGUUGCAUUACUGACCCUGCAACAUCUACUAAUGUGUUAUUCCUCUCGUUUUUAAAAUUGACUUAAAAACAUGAGCUGAUGCAUAAGUGAUGCAAGGGCUUAUGAAACAUUCAUAUCAAGGAUACUACUGUAUAUAUUGGUAAGUUACCUAAAUCGAUUGUACUCGUCAUAUAAACAAAAAUGUGAAAACCUGGAGAAUCAUUUUGGAAAUGUGUGAAUGGUGUUCUUUGCAAAAGUAACAUUCCAUAUUCUUUUGAAGACUAAUGUAUAUGGAUUUGUGAAGUUCUACUUUGAUAUCACUCAGAAUUUAGAUUUGUCUCCCUUUAAAUAAUAAUAAUCCUUCCAUUACCCCUAAAAACAUUUGGCAUCAGAUAUCCAAAAGUUAAUUGUGAAGUCAAGAGGAAAAUGUCAUAGCAUUGGUUCAUUUAGUGGAUAAAUUGGUCAGUUUUUUCUAUGCUCUGUAUCAGAGCUGUUUUGGCCCAGUUAACCAGUGUAGAAAGGCAGCCAGUCACUGUGUCCAUGAACUGCUUGUAUUCCUGUUACUAGUUGUCUUCACUAGCAGCUUCACUCAAGUGUUUGGGUUCAGUGUUCAUCUUCUGCCUUAUGCAUGACCUAGUGUUUUCAGAAAAUAGUUCUGGAAACCCUCAUACCCACAUCCACAAGUUUGUAUAUAAGUAGGCUGUAAAAAGUGGAUUAAAAUUAAUUUUAGCAAUCUUCAAGUUUUCAUCUUUAUUUGAAAACCUGCAGGGAACAUGGCUCUUCUCUUCAGCAACUCAUAAUAUUGAACAUGUCAUAUCAUACAUAUCUGUUAUCAUCCUUCCCAUAUGCUUUCCACCUAUGUAUCGUCUUUUGAUUUGAAGUUGUCAGCACAAACUUGCACUUCUGUAAUAUAAAUGACCUAAUUCUAGUUGACAAAACCAUUAAAAGAAUAGAAGUACACUAUAAUAAUUUAACAAAGAUUCUCAAAUUGUAAUUUUCAUAACUACCUGCUUGAUGGUGCUUUUGAAGUGGUGGCAGGCCAACUGAUGUAUUUUUUAAUCCGUGAAUUAACCUCGUAAGAAGUGACUGUUUGUGUUGAUUAAACAAAAUUACUGCUUCUAAGUUUGAAAGCAAUCUCUGGCUAUUUUUUCAGGUUACAAAAUUUGUAUCAUCCUUGUUCUCAGAAGAUUAUUUUUAAUGCCUUACUGUAUUGUAAAAAAAAUAUUUAAUGUAGAACACAGCAGAGUAACAUGAACUUGUGAAUGUUAAUGUUGCCGUUUAUGAAGUUCUCUUUUUAACACAUCAAUAAAAAGCACAAAUUAA